UAAACUAUUAAUGAAAAGUGACCAGAGUCCCAUACCCGUCUUCGCUGGCUGACUCUUGUCGCUGCUUCCCCAUUAUUAAAUUAACACCAUCAAAUUAGCAGACAUUCUUCAUCGCACUCCAAGAAGCUCUUCUUUCAAUUACCAAGAAAAAGAAUAAAAAGAAAAAAAAAAAAAAAAACCCUUCUUUCCUUCUUCCAGCAAGCUCCCGGAUCAAAUUAUCUUCUUCAGGGGUGAUGAUAAAGUUCAGAUAUUUUCCGAAGCAAUUCUUGGACUGAUUUGCUUGGAUUUCUUCGCAUCCCUUUGAAUGUUUUCAUUAUAUCCGUAGAAAUUCUCAUCCAGUAAAGUUAGUUUUGUAGUUUUCCUGUUGGGUUUUUUCCUCCAUAUCUCCAACUAAUACAACCCUGAAAAAUUCUCUCCUGAAUCUUCCCACUGGAACCUACUUCAAGCCCCUUUAGUCAUUAAUUUAUAAUUUUCUGUUGGUUCUUUCCAAUCCUGUUUUCCAAGAUGCGUCCACUUUCAGCUUUAAUUUUAGCAUUUUUUGUUUCUGCUCUGCUGCUAAAGAAUGGCAGGGGGGCAUCUGCUGGUGCUGAGCCGGUUACUUGUUCCGGCAUUGUUCCGAUGAGGUACCGGAAUGAUAAGAUAUCCAUUACGGAUUUUGGAGGGGUUGGGGAUGGGGUGACAUUGAAUACUAAGGCUUUUAGAGAAGCAAUUUAUCGGAUCGAGCAUUUGAAGAGAAGGGGUGGAACGCUUCUUUACAUUCCUCCCGGAGUUUUCUUAACUGAGAGCUUUAAUCUCACUAGCCAUAUGACUCUUUACUUGGCUCAGGGUGCCGUCAUCAAGGCUACCACGGAUACAAGGAAUUGGCCUUUAGUUGCUCCUUUGCCUUCAUAUGGGAGAGGCAGAGAACGACCUGGAGGAAGGUACAUGAGCUUUAUCCAUGGGGAUGGCCUCCGUGAUGUGAUAAUCACUGGUGAAAACGGCACAAUUGAUGGUCAAGGUGAAGUAUGGUGGAAUAUGUGGAGGCAAAGAACUCUGCUCUAUACCAGACCAAAUCUUAUCGAGUUAAUGAACUCGAGAAGCAUAAUCAUAUCAAAUGUCAUAUUCAAGAAUUCGCCAUUUUGGAACAUCCAUCCUGUGUAUUGCAGCAACGUCGUGAUCAAUUAUGUAACUAUAGUAGCCCCGACUGAUUCCCCCAAUACUGAUGGAAUUGAUCCAGAUUCAAGCACCCAUGUAUGCAUCGAAGAUUCAUACAUUUCCACAGGAGAUGACCUUGUUGCCGUGAAAAGUGGGUGGGACGAGUAUGGAAUAGCUUACAAUCGGCCUAGCCACGACAUCACCAUCAGGCGGGUAACUGGGUCAUCUCCAUUUGCUGGGAUUGCCAUUGGAAGCGAAACAUCUGGAGGCAUACAAAAUGUGUUAGCAGAGCACAUAAACCUCUAUAAUGUGGGAGUCGGCAUUCAUUUGAAGACAAAUAUUGGCAGGGGAGGGUUGAUAAGGAACAUAACAGUGUCGAACGUGUAUAUGGAAAAUGCCCGGCAAGGGAUUAAAAUUGCAGGAGAUGUAGGCGACCAUCCAGAUGAAAAUUACAACCCUAAUGCUCUACCGGUUGUUAAGGAGGUGACGAUUAAGGAUGUCUGGGGUUAUGGGGUUAAGCAAGCGGGUUUGUUGCACGGUUUGAAGAACGCUCCGUUUACAGGGAUUUGUCUUUCUAAUAUCAACCUACAUGGUUCAACUGGGCCGAGAACUCCUCCCUGGAAGUGCUCUGAUGUAAGUGGAGCUGCAGUUGGAGUUAGCCCAUGGCCAUGUUCGCAACUCACCAGUACAUUCCAUGCGGGUGCGUGCUCUUCCAAUGCUUUUUAGGAGCCGCAUACUUAGAUGAGAUCCUCUUUGUUCGAACUUUUUUAUGUGUAACUUGUAUAUCAUUACACCCCAAAAAAAUUGGUAUCUCGCUGUGUAAUUUGUAUUCUUUAACAAGUGGUACGUUGGAAGAUUUGAACGACCCGUGUAUGAUGUAUUUUGUUCUUGACACAUGCUCAGUUCAGUUUUUAUAGAAAGGUAAAAGUUUUUUUUUA